CUUAUUUUUUGUUUGUAGACAAACUUGUAUGGCUAGGAUGUAGUGCCUGCAAAAUAAAUUGUAGGGUUCGUGCUGAGGUUUUAGAUAUUUGCUGCUUUUCCGCACAUCCUUCACUCGCUGGCAAGAUUCUGCAACAUCAGCUACAUCAUCUCACCUGGAGCCGUAAGACUUGCAUAAUGGAAACUCAAAUGCUCAAUGCUGAUAGUCCUAGUACACUUGUUAAAGCAACCAUUCACCUUGGAUCAGAGACAUAUAUGGCUCAAGCGAACAAGGGCCUUGUAUCUGAGCAACUGAUUUCAGUCAAGGAGCAGAGCAUGAGCAUUCUGAAGGACUUCAUUACAAAGCAUAACAUUCCAAAUGAUGUUCCUGAUGAACCAGAGGAAAUCUCUUCGGAAGACGAAGAUGAAAUAUCUCCAAAGCCUCCGGUGAAGAAAUCGAAGAAGAGGCAAUAGCUUGUUACUAGGUUCACUUCUUUUUGCAACAUUAGUUUUGAGAAUAGCAUGAAUGCACUACUAGAGAUUGAUUUAUCAAAGAUUGUUUUUGACAUUCACCUCAAAGCGCUUUCGAAACCUGGUACUAUCAGUAUCGUAGGUUGUCUGAAUUUCUUGCUAAAUGAAACAUGCCACUUCUGCUGUGCAUCUACUUGUUUGAGAUAAAUGUAUCCAAUGCCCUGCCUCUUGUCUCUGGA